CAUAUUGAAAAUGAUUGGCUAAAAUUGACGCUUUUAUUUGAUUGCGAUGAUGAGACCUUGGCGAUUAUAUUACAUUCAAUCCUCCGUUCUAUGUCCGAGAGUCAAAUUGAAAUAGCAGCAAGAUUAGAUACAGUAGAGAAACGACAAGCAUGGGAAAAUGAAUUCACUCAACUUUACAUAAAACCCAAAGUUACUAAUGCUCUUCGCACUGCAAAUGAUUUCAAAAAAUUGGUAAAAGAUGCACAACGUACACUUGAAAAUGAAGUUAAUGAAACUUUGGAUGUUGAUGAAGAUUAUCAGAACAAUUUUUAUCCGCGAAUUUGGAGACGAAUCGGUAAACCAAGCCUUGAAAAUUUACAAGCAUAUUGUAUGGGAUAUCCAGAUUUUAGUACAAAAUUUCCAUUUUUGUCACUUUUCUUUGAAUAUCAAGAACAAUUGACAUUGGUGAAAAAUCUUAUACCGAUUGUGAAAUUUACAAGGAUGCUCUCUUCAAGGCUAUGCUACCGAUUGAAAAGAGAUGAAGCACUCAAUCUUACAUUUGACAGAUUUUUUAGGAGAAAUGAGGUUCAAUCUCAAAUAAGUCUUGAGAAAGCAUUUGAAAACUUUGCUAAUGCAUAG